UUGAAAUUGUCGAUGGGGCAUGCAAUUGAUUUAGCCAACGAGGUAGCCAGCCACACAAUUUAACUUUUUCGCAAGCACCAACAUGAUGACCACACAAUUUGAAAUAGGCUGGAGAGCAAUAACGUGUUGUAUGUUUUAGAUUUGAUACAAUGCAGCCUGUUUUUAAUACACCAUCCAAGCCAUGACCGAUUCUGGACCGUCAAGAAAAAUGUCACGGGUAAAGUUGGUGAUACUUGGACGAGACAACUGUGGAAAGACAGCCCUGUGUGUUAGAUUCAUCACCAAGCGGUUCAUAGGAGAGUAUGACCAUAAAAAGGAAGUAACUUACAGGUGUCAGAAAACUGUCGACAAGGAGACCAUCGAUUUGGAGAUAUUGGACACAGCCAACAAGGAGUGUGUGAGUUCUGCAGCACCUUCUCUGGAGAGUUCCAUUAAAUGGGGCGACGGUUUCCUUAUUAUGUAUUCCAUCACAGACCGGAGCAGCUUUGAGUCUGUCUCACACUUAAAGAGGCUUAUUGAUCAUGUCAAGCAGACCCUAGGCAUACCUACUGUAAUAGUUGCGAAUAAAUGUGACAUGGAGAAUGGAAGGGUGGUGCGGACAGAAGAAGGAAAGGCCCUUGCCAGUGAUCUGAGGUGCAGCUUCUUUGAGUUGUCUGUGGCGGAGUGUUCUGUGGCUGUCGAGUUAGCUGUUGAGAAGUUGGUACGAGAGGUGCGUCUGGAGUACCAGCGCCACCUACUGGCCAUGGACAAACGCUCACGCAUGCUCCAGAUGAGGCACGCACUGAGCCGCAAGCUUACCCGCAGCAAGACCAUGCAGUGGUGACCAAGGCAGUUCAGUCUGGCCCCCUGAGCACAGGCCUGAAGAUCUACUUAGCCAACGCUGUUAUCUUCAUCUGCGUUAUGCUUUAAAUUGACAGCGUAA